AUGAUCACAUCGAAAUUUAAAUUUAGGCUGCUAAUUCUUUUAAUUGUUGUGAUUAUACCUGAUGAUUCACUUUUGCAGCGGAUUAGCGAGAUUAAGUGCAAGGAGUUUGAAGAAGCUACACAGACUGUUAGUUACGUCACUUCCUUGCUCAAUUUUCCAUCAAGAAGAAUUGUUUCGAAUAAAUGCCAACAUCAGUCCAUAGCAUUGAUAGUUGGCGGAAGUGAAGCAAAAAAACAUGAAUUUCCUCAUCAAGCUCUUUUAGGUUAUGACACUAGUAAGGGCAUUGCUUAUUAUUGUGGUGGUUCCUUGAUUUCAUCUCAGUUCAUCCUUACUGCUGCACACUGCCUUGUUCACUCACAAUAUGGACAGGUUAAAUAUGUAAAAUUGGGCAUGAACAGUCGCUCACAAGCAGACGACAAAGUAUUUACUUAUGGUGUUGAAAAAAAUAUUAAAUAUGCUGAAUACAAUGCAAGAUUUAUGAGUAAUGAUAUUGCACUGUUGAAACUUAACGGUACUGUUACAUUCACCGAAUUCCUUUAUCCAGCUUGUCUACCAACAAGUGAGCCAAAUCAUGACAAGGCAAUUGUUACUGGCUUUGGAAAAACACAUCGUACGGAUGCCAGCUCUGAAAAAUUAAUGAAAGUUACUGUACAUAAAUUCGAUCAAACUGAUUGCCAAACUAUUAUAAGACAAAUUAGAAUCAACAAAAAUUCAAUGAUUUGUUAUGGAAAUAAAACACAUCCAGCCGAUUCCUGCCAGGGUGAUUCAGGUGGUCCCAUUCAAGUGGGAAACGAUAAGGUUGCAAAAUGCACAUACAAAGUUAUUGGUGUUGUUAAUUUUGGCGCAAAAGAUUGUGGAACUCCUGGAGUCCCUAGUGUUUAUGCAAAUGUGUAUUAUUAUCUAAAAUGGAUUGAAGACAAUGUUUGGGGUGACGAGCAAUCUUAA